UUACUAAAGAACAGUAUUCUAGGUGAAAGCCUUUGAACCUAUUGUGGGCUAUAUAUAUAAAGAAUAAUCAGCAACUGGUUUGUGACUUGCUUCACUUUAGCUUCAAAGACUGAUCCAAUGCCUUAUCUCUAAUUUGUACUUGCAAUAAUUUGCUUCUGUGAGCUUCUCUUAGUACUGCAUGAGAGUGAAUAUCAUGUCGUCUUCAAAAAAGACCACGAGUUCUAAAGAAGAUGAUGCUGAGCUUAGGAGGGGGCCAUGGACUCUUGAAGAAGACACUCUCCUUGUUCAUUACAUUGCUCGUCAUGGAGAAGGCCGAUGGAAUUUGCUUGCUAAACGUGCAGGGUUGAGGAGAACCGGAAAGAGUUGCAGAUUGAGAUGGCUAAACUAUCUAAAACCAGAUGUAAAGCGAGGAAACCUUACUCCACAAGAACAACUCUUGAUUCUUGACCUCCAUUCCAAGUGGGGCAAUAGAUGGUCCAAAAUUGCACAACAUUUGCCGGGAAGAACUGAUAAUGAAAUCAAGAACUAUUGGAGAACUAGAGUGCAGAAACAAGCAAGGCACCUUAGGAUAGAUGCCAACAGCACAGCCUUUCAGGAUAUAAUUAGGCGUUCUUGGAUGCCAAGGUUGCUUCAAAAGAUAGGAGGAUCAUCAACUUCUUCAUCAGCCAUGACAUGUCAAAGCCCAGCAGUUUCUCAGCUCAUCCCCAAUUAUGCUCCUCAGCUUUCAGCAUUCCCAACAGCACUACCUCCACCACAACAACAAGAAGCUCCUCUUGAUAUGAGGGUGAUGAUGCACUUAAUGGAGCAUCGUGAGCAAACCUCAGACUCAGAGCAUGGGACAAGCUCAUGCAUUUCUUCUGCAGAAUCAAUGAAUGUCUCACAAAUGUCUCAUUUAUCAGAAUACCCUAAAAGUCCCUUUCAGGCCAUGGGUAACAACGGCGACUACAGCACCUUGGUGAAGGAUUGCUAUUAUGUGGACAGCAAUUUCUAUGACAUGGAAGCCAUCAACCUUGCAACCAUGUCGGUGCCUGGAGAACUUGGAAUCUCAGCUGUCGAUCGCCACAUGGGAGAUGGUGAUUGGGCUGGAUACGAUUUUGGAGACACCGUGUGGAACAUGGAUGAGUUGUGGCAAUUUAGGAACUUGCAAGGAAAGGAAAUUUAAGGACUUGUUUUUGGAAUAACCCACAAUACAUACAUAGUCAAGAAUGCGACAAACUUACCUGUAUUAGCUGUGUAAUUGUGUGAAAAGAAAUUGUUAAUUUUUGUAUCCCAUAUGUCAAAAGUAGCUUUGGAUUUUGGUCUUGUGCAAACAUUUAUCAAUGUCAAAACAUUACCGUAAA